GGCGUAGAGAUCGCUACCUCUAGUGUCCCUAAGCUGUGUCUGGUGUGGCUGGAAAGCUGCUGGAAAGAUCGUAACCAUUCAGUGCAGUGAUAGAGAGAAGAUGCUACAUCGUGUGUGAUAAAAUGUUAAUUAAAAGCGCCAAUGCAAAUUAUCUGUUUAUACUGCAUUCGUAAUUAACUGUGUGUAUAAUAAGUGCCAAACGAUAAGUUGUAGAUUAGUGCAUAGUCAAGUUUAGACCUGCAAAUUGUAAAGUUAAACAAAACAAGUUUACAUCAGAAUCAUCAGUUACAAAACAAACCAGUUUCACAUUCCGUAUGCUCACAACACCUCUGCCAAUGACAAUGAAAUAGAAAUAAUUUCAAGAAUUAUCCGGAGUGAAAAAAACUGCACACUCGAGGACGCUACACCAGAAUACUCAACAUGACAUCACGUGCUCUCACAGCAUCCCUCACACCAGCUCAAAUUUUGACAACAAUUUUACACCUGACCGCACUGCUGGGUUCAGUUCGGACUCAAUACCUCAACUCACCAUGCCCGGACGUGUUCACCUAUCAGGCGGAUCCCGGAACGAGGCAGAUAUUCGGUUACAUCGAGCUCAACAACAUUCAAAUCGGACAGGUGGCGAAACUCAACGUAGACCUUUCCAUCGCGACACGCCUACCUUCUCAAAACGUCGGCUCAAUAACUUUGGUUAAGUCACGUGAAGCAACCUUCCACGACAUUUUGCAGGGUUUGCCCGCGCAGUACCGGGUUAAUUUCCCUCUGCAGAACAUUAUACCAACAGUUCUUUCGAUCGCUCUGAACGGUCAAACGAUCUGCACCGGCUAUAGGGCGCAAGGGCAAGUCAUAACUACCAUAAACUUAGAACAUACGCUGUACACUCAGCUGCAAUCGCAACCCGGAGCAAACGGCUUCCCACUUCAGCGUCCACUGGGCAAUGGCAUGCGGCCAAUAUACCGCCCUGAACCAGAAAGGCCGCAGACAGCGAUUCAGCCGGUCUACCAGUGGAAUGUAGAACCCCAAACAACACAACCAAUGUACAUACAACCAAGGCCGAUAGUUACCCGUCCAGUUGUUACCAGGCCGGAGGUAUCCAUGGUAGUCUAUCCGAACUCGGUACGAACCACAGUGGCACCUCCUGUUCCACAUGCUUCAGAUUAUGCAUGCGGCAAACCACCCAGUUCUCUCAAUCGUCUCUCUAUUAACGGCGAGAUGGUAGCAAAGGGACAGUUUCCUUGGAUUGUUCCGCUGUUCGAUCGCACGCAACCCCGAAGUCCAAAGUAUAUCUGUGGCAGUACUAUCAUUACUAAAAAGCACCUUAUAACGGCAGCUCAUUGCGUGUAUGAGCUGAGCGAAGUCAGGAGACCGUCACAACUUCUGGCCGUACCGGGGAUGUACAACAUCGACAAUUUCUUCGACGAAAACGCACACAUUGCAGACAUUGCUGAGAUUAUUCCGCACGACGAUUACGUCGAUGACGACAAUGAUCCAAAGGAUGCGGACGUGGCAGUUCUGCGGUUAAAAGUGGAACUUGUGUUCUCAGACUACAUCAUACCGAUCUGUCCUUGGCCGAGCGACAAUGAUUUGUCGAAAAUCGUCGGCCUGGAAGCGGUCGUUGCCGGUUGGGGUAUAACCGAAACUGGGUCAACCUCGGCCGUGCCGACCUACAUCAAGACCGUAAUAGUGACACGGCAGCAAUGCAUCGUAAAUCUGGCACGACCGUACCCGGCCAAUUGGCGAAUAUUCUGCGGAGAUGGUCGGGGGUCCGCUCCGUGUAAGGGUGACUCCGGAAGUGGGCUUGUCGUGAAACGAGGCAACCAGUACUAUCUGCGGGGUGUUGUGUCCGUCGGCCAGUACGAUAACAAUUCGGGCAUAUGCAACGUGACCGCCUUCACGAUAUACACCGACGUUGCACCUUUCCGGUUUUGGCUGAAAACGGUGACCGGUUAGUGCGCGCGGGCCGCCAUCUGUAUGAUAGGGAAAUAAUUUCUAGUGAGCGAUAUCAUGUUAAAAGCAUGAUCGUGCCGUACCAUGUAAAUAGAACCGUUCAGACUGCGUUAAAUUAGCUGUUAGUUUUUAUUAGGAUAAUUUAUAUGAAUGUGCGUGAAGUGAUUUCGACAAUGUUAAGUUAGCUGUAUC